AUGGCUGAGAACGGAUCAACAUCCACAUCUUCCGUACGGUACAGGACGCAGUCUAGCUACUUAUUCGACCAUACCAUCCUUGGCCUUAUCGCAUUUGCAAAAUUCAGGUCCGGCCCAAGAAAAGCUAAAACCACGUCAGUUUUGCCCAGUCGUUACACAGCCGCCGUCGCUCAAUAUUUCUCAUUCAAUAGCUUGAGGGAGAAAAGAAAGAAGAAGAAGAAGAAGAAGAAGAAGAAAGGAGUAAAAUAG